ACACUUGUAUAAGGUUUUGUGCGCCACACAGCUGAUAUACGCAGUACAUAUAAAUAUAUUUUGUAUCGUUAUCGAAUUAAAGUUUUGUAGGCGGAAAAAUAGAUUAGAUAGUGCUCCACAGUGCUCCACUAUAAACCAGAAAGAUAUAUUUUAAUCGUGACAAAUCCGCUAUUCUUUUGUUAUUAUAUAGUCGUAAUAUUAUAAUCACAUACAACGAAAAUGCCUAAUAUAACUAAUUUAUCUCAUUUUCCUUUAAAGGUUAUAUUUGCAAUACAUUUGGUACUUGUAACAUGGGGUAUUCAAGGAAGUUGGUGUCCAAAAUCGGUGAUGAUUUAUAAUUUGUUAUUCUUUGUUUGUAUAUUAUGGGCUGUUCAUAGUGUCGAAUCAGAUGAACCGCUUCAAUUUGCACUUUUUAUAAACGUGCUCUCUAUUUUCCUCGAUGUGGUCACUUUAUCAGUUUAUUAUCCUUCUGAGUACAACAAUGCAUCUAACAAAUUUAGCGCAGCUCUUCUGAUCAUAAAUUUGAUUGCCCGUCCAGUCUCGAGUAUAUAUCUGCUGCGAAUAGGCCAAGGGAGAAAUGGCAGCUUAGCUACAGUAUUUGCACCGAGUCCUGCCAUGGGUUUCGGCCGGCAAGAGUAUGAAGACAUAUCACAUCCUAUUCCACAGAACUCUGAUUUUGAUGGAGUUUAGGAUUGAAUAAAAUUUGCUUGAAAUAGAGCAUCUCUAAAUAUGAUAUAUACAUGUUUGCGACAUAAUAUAUUUUAGAUAAUGUUA